AUGGACUUGCUCCAUACCCAGCUCGCCGUGGUGCAGCGCCAGCUCGCGUUUGUCGCGACGGACCCAAUCGACUGGAAGCUCUACGUCCAGGCGUUCUCAUGGACUGUUACGUUCUUUGAGUCGUACCUCCUGUUGCGGCAGUUUCCGCUGUACUCGAAGACAUCCCCACCGGACGUGCUCGCGGCGCACUUUGACGAAGAGACGUUCGCAAAGAGCCAAGCGUACGGCCGGGACAAGGCGCGAUUCUCCCUCGUCAGCGGACUCUACAAGCAGGCGCUGGACUCCCUGCUGCUACAGUAUGGGUUCUAUGGAUGGGCAUGGGACGUCGCCGGGCGGGGCAUCGGGCAGUUUGGGUAUGGGCCCGAGUACGAGAUAACGCAAAGCAUCGUCUUCGCGGCCGUCCUUGUGCUCUCGAGCUCUAUUCCGACGAUCCCGCUCUCGGUGUAUCAGACGUUCGUCCUCGAGGAGAAGCACGGAUUCAACAAGACAACUCCCGCCCUCUUCGUCGCUGACCUCGUCAAGGGUUGGGCCCUCGGACUCGCCAUCGGCGCCCCGUUCCUCUCCGCCUUCCUCUACGUGUUCAAGUGGGCCGGCGACCGCUUCGUGCCGUGGCUCAUGGCUUUCUUGCUUGUCUUCCAAAUGAGCAUGGUGGUCAUCUACCCGACGCUCAUCCAGCCGCUCUUCAAUAAGCUUUCUCCUCUUGCGCCGGGUGAGCUCCGCACGCGCACCGAGGCGCUGGCGGCGCGUCUCCAGUUCCCGCUCAAUCACCUGUACAAGAUCGACGGUUCGAAGCGCUCGAGCCACAGCAAUGCGUACUUCUUCGGUCUUCCCUGGAGCAAGCACAUUGUUAUCUUUGAUACCCUCAUCAAGGAGAGUAAGCCUGAUGAGGUCGAGGCUGUCCUUGCACACGAGUUGGGCCAUUGGCACCACGCACACCCGACCAAGUUCCUCGUCAUCUCCCAGGCGCACAUCUUCACCGUUCUCGCGCUCUUCCCGGCGUUCCUGCACGCCCCUGCCUUCCUACGCGCUUUCGACUUCUCUCCCGCUGUCGCCGUUCAGGGACCGACUAUCGUCGCUUUCCUCAUGUUCCAGAUGAUCCUCAUGCCGCUCGAAGCCGUCGUCAGCAUCGCGAUGAACGCCGUCUCGCGGCACUUUGAGUGGCAGGCCGACCGCUUCGCAUGCGACCUCUACCCACGCUUCUCGUCCCCUUCUGCGCUCGCCAACGCGUCCGAGACGGAGAAGGCCGAGGUCGAGGGUAUGCGCGAUAUGGGCGACCGUCUCGCGAAGGCGCUUAUUACGCUGCACGUUAAGAACCUGAGCACGGUCUGGGUGGAUUGGAUGUACAGUGCGUAUCAUCACUCGCACCCGACGCUGACGGAGCGGCUGCGAGCGCUUGAGGGAUUCAGGCUUGAGAGGGCGAAGAAGGAGUAG